AUGAUGGGCUCUUCCACCUCCAACAAUUUGAAAUGGGUCUCCUUGAUUGUCCUCAUUGCGCAGACGACGGCACUGGUGUUAAUAUUACGGUAUUCUAGAACCCAGAAGGUUGAAGGUCCUAAGUAUUUGUCAUCGACAGCUGUUGUAACAUCAGAAGUGGUCAAGUUUCUCACAUGUAUUGUUGUCCUUUUCUACAACAACUGUAAGUUUUCUUAUUUACAUUGAGUACGCAUUGAUUAGCUUGGAAAGUCGAUGGCGUUUACCGUGAUCUUCAAGUCGAUGUUUUUAAUAAGCCAAUGGAUACGCUGAAAGUUGGAGUUCCAGCUCUUCUUUAUGUGAUUCAGAACAAUCUGCUCUUCUUGGCUUUAAGUAUGCUGGAUGCAGCCACGUAUCAGGUACAUAGAAUAUUCCAAUUUUUUUUAUGUUACAGGUCACAUAUCAAUUAAAAAUUCUGACAACCGCUCUGUUCUCAGUUUCAAUGUUGAACAAGAAGCUGAACAAACUAAAAUGGCUGGCAUUGAUUUUCUUGACUUGUGGGGUGGCCUUGGUUCAGGUAAGUUGUCUGACUAAAUCGAAUUAUUUGACUUCAGUUGCCCAAGGAUUCCAGUAAGCCAAAAGAAGAGGCAUCGAAUGGAUUCGUGGGUUUGGUUGCUGUUCUUUGUGCCUGUUUUUCCUCUGGGUUUGCUGGAGUUUAUUUUGAGAAGAUCCUCAAGGGCUCCUCUGUAUCUCUGUGGAUGCGGAACUUGCAGUUGGGUAUGUUGUUGGUUGGUCAAAAAAGUUUGCUUUAGCUUUCUUCAGUAUUUUUGGAGGCUUAUUUAUGACAUGGCUUUAUGAUGGACAUGCCGUUGCUCAGAAUGGAUUCUUCCAGGGCUACAAUUCCGUCAUUUGGAUUGUUGUUCUUCUGCAGGUAAUUUAGCGGAUUCAAUAUAAUCUUCAAUCCUUCAGGCAUAUGGCGGACUUGUCAUCGCUUUGGUCGUAAAAUAUGCAGAUAAUAUUCUGAAGGGAUUCGCAGUGUCCCUAUCUAUUAUCUUAUCCAGUUUUAUCUCGUGGUGUUUAAACGAUUUUGACCCGUCUUUGUAGGUUUUUUAUUCAAGUUGAACUUUUUUUUAUUAUCUGAUAUAAAAAAUUACUUUUCAGGACAUUUUUCGUUGGCUCAACUGUUGUGAUUGGGUCCACUUUUCUUUAUGGGUACGAAGCCCCGCGGCAAAACCCGGUGCACGCAGCAUAG